CUGAAAUGUUACACGUUUCGGGAACUUUUAAAAAAGUUCUUUUUAACACCGGUUUUGGGCUUGUGUGAGUGGGUGGUGCAUUUUUGUGAACUAUUUCUUUCAUUGAGUGUUUCCAUACCGGACCGCAGCAAUGAACGGCUCCGAGUUUUUAAUUUUACCUGGUUGGGAGCUGAUAAACUUGACUUUACCGGAAGUGAACUGGAGCAACACUUCAGACCCGGAACGAGACGCUUGGGAACAAUGGAGUUCUUUGAUGCAAGAUCGUGCAGUGGUAGUUUCUCUUUUACUCCUUUUCUCGAUGACAACCGUCUUUGGUAACAUGCUUGUAAUCCUUGCUGUAGUUCGAGAACGAUAUCUCCACACCGCCACAAACUACUUCAUAACAUCUCUCGCCGUCGCUGACUGUUUAGUGGGCUUAGUGGUGAUGCCUUUCAGUGCACUUUAUGAAGUGUUAGAACACACGUGGUUUUUCGGAACUGACUGGUGCGACAUCUGGCGCUCACUCGAUGUGUUAUUCAGUACUGCAUCAAUCUUAAACCUUUGUGUAAUCUCCUUGGAUCGGUACUGGGCAAUCACUGACCCUAUAACAUACCCUAUGAGGAUGACUCGCAUCAGAUCUGCCCUUCUGAUAGCCGCAGUUUGGAUUUGCUCAAGCGCGAUUUCCUUCCCGGCUAUCGUCUGGUGGAGGGCCGUGCGAACCGAACCCAUCCCGCCCUACAAAUGCCCUUUCACCGAACACCUAGGAUACCUCAUCUUCUCCUCAACAAUCUCCUUCUACUUGCCCUUAUUCGUCAUGGUGUUCACUUACUACCGAAUAUACAGGGCCGCAGUCGCCCAAACGCGAUCUCUACGUCUCGGUACUAAACAAGUACUGUUAGGGUCAGGUGAACUCGAAUUGACCUUGAGGAUACAUAGGGGAGGUACGUGCAAAAUCCCUAAUCCCGAAACAAGACAUUUAUACUCGACUCAAGAAGACGAACCUUUAACGGCGUUACAAAAUAACGGAUUGGCAAGAAUGGCCUCGACAAGAUUGGGACCACAUAGCAAGAAUUUCUCUUUAAGUAGAAAAUUAGCCAAAUUUGCUAAAGAAAAAAAGGCAGCGAAGACUUUAGGGAUUGUGAUGGGGGUGUUUAUCGUGUGUUGGUUGCCGUUUUUCGUUGUGAACUUGCUCUCUGGGUUUUGUCUGCAGUGCAUUUGGCACGAAGAAAUUAUCCUAGCGGUAGUCACGUGGCUAGGGUGGAUCAAUUCCAGCAUGAAUCCGGUGAUUUACGCCUGCUGGAGUAGAGAUUUUAGAAGGGCCUUUUUAAGGAUUCUGUGUGUGUGCUGUCCUCGGCAAAUAAGGCGCCGAUAUCAACCAGCUUUCCGAAGUAAACCAAGUCAGUAUUUUAACUCCCAUGUGGUUGAGAGCGCUCCAACUAGCGUGACUUACUCUUCAGUGGGCCAACAUGAACUUUACCCGUUGUGACGUCACGUCCGGACGAGACAUCCGACACCUAAUUUAUCGACUGGAAGUCCUGGAUCGCCCACACAUAGAGUGAUCCACUCGUGCUCACCUUCCCCUAGCACACUCAGGAUGGCAUAAAGCUGCUAAAUCGGAAUAAAACAAUCAUUUUUUGUGUCAUUUCCAAUAUAAGUGUGACGUUUUUGGAAUUCUGUUGGUGAUCUCGAUGGAUCUGAUUGCUUCGGACAAAAACUCAAUGUUAUACAAAUAAGAUAGGGGAAAUGUGCGCUUUUAUAGGUAUUUUUAAAAUGUUGAAUAACAAAAUUAGGUAUAAAUGUCCGUUUUGUCCAGAAAGCACCCACUUUUGCGGAAUAGUAGAAUCGCAAUGGAAAUAGUGGCCGAAAUACUAAUAAAUCAUUUUUAAUGAACACAAUAAAUUCGGUUUAUUGCGUUAAUAAACUGACAAUAAAUUAUUUUUUAAUACGAUUUUAAAACUGUUAUUUUAAUGAAAAUGCUUAGAAUAUUAAUUUAGUUAAUAAAAGCAUGAUAGCUCAUAGUUGGCCCAUAGAAUCUUUUGUAACAAAAAGAUAUGUAUAUUUGUUAGAUAGUUUUCAUUUCCACUAAAUAUAAAAAUAGAGAAAUAAGGCGCACUUAGAUCCAUUGAGAAUUGCAUUUAUGUGCGACUAACAAUCUUUUGGAGUUUAGUAACGGAAAAGUAUUGAAAAAUCUUUCCAAUACUGUU